GCUCUCACUUCCUUCUUGAGCCCAGAGCCGCCGCCGCCGCCCCCAGCUCCCCCGCCGCGGGGAGGGCACCAGGUCACUACUUCCUGUGGGGUCCAGAAGAGAGAGGAGGCACUGCCUCCACGAUAGUAACUUUACAACACAAUGCAGAGCAUCAAGUGUGUGGUAGUGGGCGAUGGGGCCGUAGGCAAGACGUGCCUUCUCAUCUGCUAUACAACUAACGCCUUCCCCAAGGAAUACAUCCCCACUGUGUUCGACAAUUACAGCGCCCAGAGUGCGGUUGAUGGGCGCACCGUGAACCUAAACCUGUGGGACACUGCGGGCCAGGAAGAAUAUGACCGCCUCCGCACCCUUUCCUACCCUCAGACCAACGUCUUCGUCAUCUGUUUCUCCAUUGCCAGUCCACCCUCCUAUGAGAACGUGAGGCACAAAUGGCACCCAGAGGUUUGUCACCACUGCCCUGACGUGCCUAUCCUCCUGGUGGGUACCAAGAAGGACCUGAGAGCCCAGCCUGAUACCCUACGGCGCCUCAAGGAGCAGGGUCAAGCGCCCAUCACCCCACAGCAGGGCCAGGCACUGGCCAAGCAGAUCCAUGCUGUGCGCUACCUCGAGUGCUCAGCACUGCAACAAGACGGCGUCAAGGAGGUGUUUGCGGAGGCUGUCCGGGCGGUGCUUAACCCAACACCGAUAAAGCGUGGGCGGUCCUGCAUCCUCUUGUGACCCUGGCACUCAGCUUGGAGGCUCUCCCUUGUCCCCCCACCAAUUGUGCCUUGGCGCCUUGUCUGCCCCCAGCUGUGCCUUAAGGACUAAUUCUGGCACCCCUUGCCUGGAAACUCCCUGAAUGCCUUUUAUUCCUUAAGGAGGUACACAGGGAAAGGGGCUUUGGGCCCCGCCCCACUCUGCUUGGGAAUACCAAGUAUUCCAUGAGUUCAACUAAGCCAGGUUCACCUAAGAGGCCAACCCGGUGCUCGCCUCCAUUCCCGCUACUGACCAGUUCAUCCAGCUUUCCACAAAGUUGUUGCUGCCUGUUGUGAUGCCUCCUAAGACAGGGGCUCUAACCUCUCUCUGCCUUAGCUCUUGGACUAGGUUCUCCAAGAUGUUCUCUCCCUCCCCCAAAGGAGAAGCCACAGAAUCCUGAGAAGAAAAAUGUGCCCUAACCUGCCCCAUGUGCCCAGGACUUAUGCGCCUGCUGACUGACUCAGGCCCCGUGCUCCUGGGGGCCUUUCCUACCCCCACCAGCAUCAAUAAAACCUCCUGUCUCCAGUG